GACACAGCUCUGAAUGCAACACUGACUGACAUGUAGCUUACAUAUUCAGUCAAAAUGGCAGAACCACCAUCACUGGAAGAUAUCCUAGCGAGGAAGAAGAAGGCGGAAGAGGAGGAGGAGAAGCCAAGGUUUCUGACUAGAGAAGAGCGAGCAGCUCUAGCUCUUCAGCGACGUGCGGAACAAGUGGAAAAGAUGAGAGAAAAUCAAAGAAGAAUAGAGGAAGCUCGUAAACAGUUUGAAGCAGAAGCUAAGAAAACAGAUCGCGAACGCGAAAGAGAUCGAGAUCACGACAGAAACCGCGAUAGAAGUAGAGAUCGACGAGAUCGCAGCCGAUCCAGGGAUCGGAAGGAUCGUGAUAAACGUGACAGAAGUCGAAGCAGGGAGAAGGACAGAGAUCGUGACAGGAGAGGCAGAAGUAGAAGCAGGGACAGAGAGCGGAGGGACCGCAGCAGGAGUAAAGAGAGAAGAGAUCGGGACAAGGAACCGCGAACAUCUCGCUCAGACAAGCCAGAUGAAGACACUUUCGACCUCAAUAAGUUGCAAGAAGCUGUGAAAGUACGCUAUCUUGGAAUGCAAAAAGAGAAGAAGAAAAGAGGCAGACGACUACAUGAGCGAAAAUUCGUUUUCGACUGGGACGCAUCAGAGGAUACAUCUCAAGACUACAACAAAUUGUAUCAAAAACGACAUGAAGUACAAUUCUUUGGACGUGGCGCCAUAGCUGGUAUCGACGUGAAUGCCCAGAAGAAGAGCAAUAAUGUCUUUUACCAGCAGAUAAUGGAAAAAAGGCGUACGGAAGAAGAGAAACUUAUGGAGAAAGCAAGGUUGGAAAAAGAAAAGAUGAAAGAGCGGAAGUCUGCGCACGAUGAUAGACACUGGAAGAUGAAACCUUUGAACGAAAUGACAGAGCGUGACUGGCGCAUUUUCCGCGAAGAUUUCAACAUUUCUAUAAAGGGUGGUCGAGUUCCCAAACCGAUCAGAUCCUGGGAAGAGUGUGGCCUUCCCGAUGAGGUUUACCAAGCCAUACAGAAGAUUGGUUAUAUAGAGCCAACUCCUAUCCAACGGCAGGCCAUCACCAUUGGACUACAGAACCGCGAUGUUAUUGGUGUCGCUGAAACAGGUUCCGGUAAAACGGCCGCCUUCUUGAUUCCGCUGCUGGUGUGGAUCACUGGCUUACCGAAGCUAGAUCGGCAAGAACAUUAUGAUCAAGGUCCUUACGCCGUCAUCUUGGCUCCAACCAGAGAGUUGGCGCAGCAGAUUGAAGAAGAAACGAACAAGUUUGGAGAAUUGUUGAAGAUUCGAACUGUUUCUGUUAUCGGAGGUGCUUCGCGUGAAGACCAGGGAAUGAAACUGCGCAUGGGCGUCGAGGUUGUGAUUGCUACACCUGGGCGUCUUCUCGACGUGCUGGAAAAUAGAUAUCUUUUGCUAAACCAGUGCUCAUACGUAAUUCUUGAUGAGGCGGACCGAAUGCUUGACAUGGGUUUUGAACCCGAAGUACAAAAGGUCUUGGGAUAUUUGCCUGUAUCUAAUCAAAAGCCUGACACCGAUGACAUAGAGCAUGAAGAAGCUCUGAUGAAUAACUUUGCGACAAGGGAAAAAUAUCGCCAGACUGUCAUGUUCACUGCCACGAUGUCACCUGCUAUUGAGCGAUUGGCUCGUGCUUAUUUACGGCGUCCUGCAGUGGUUCACAUCGGAUCCGCUGGACGACCAACUGAAAGGGUGGAACAGAUUGUUUACAUGAUAACAGAGGACAGAAAGAAGAAGAAGCUGGUUGAAGUGUUGGAACAACACUUUGAGCCUCCAAUUAUUAUUUUUGUCAAUCAAAAGAAGGGUGCUGACCUGCUCGCAAAGGGCUUGAGCAAGUUGAAUUUCAACCCUGUCGUACUUCAUGGUGGCAAAGGUCAAGAAACGAGAGAGUACGCUCUGCAAGCCCUCAAAGACAAGACAAAGGACAUUCUUGUUGCAACAGAUGUUGCUGGCAGAGGUAUCGACAUCAAAGAUGUUUCGCUCGUGCUGAACUACGAUAUGGCUAAAUCAAUAGAGGACUAUACUCAUCGAAUUGGUCGAACAGGUCGUGCUGGCAAACAUGGCAAAGCUAUCACAUUCCUCACACCGGACGACAGUGCUGUAUUCUACGACUUGAAACAAUGUCUCAUGGAAUCACCUGUAUCCACUUGCCCUAUAGAACUGGCAAAUCAUCCAGAAGCUCAGCAAAGGCCGGGCACAUUCACAGCGAAAAAACGACAAGAUGAAACGCUGUUUAAGUGAAAAUGGAAACCGAGCGUUAGGCUUUCCGUUCGUCAUCAUCUUUUCCUAUCGAUGCUGGUCUUAGCCAUAAAUACACAUACGACCGGCCACCGCGGUUUUCCAAACUGGUUCUUCUCUCAUCUAUAGGUGUAGUGUGAUGAUGAGUUUUUCUCUUAAGAUAAAUGAGUUUGUUCUCAUCGAUAACGUAUAGCGUUGGAUUUAACCUUUAGAAAGUGAUUCUGUCUCCUUCCUGCAGAAACGAAAUGUUGAGAGCAGCGGGCUUGCUCCCUGUUUAUCUUGUUUUUCCCUCAGUUUGGAAGUUUACCUCAAUCUCAUUCUUUCCAGCUCGGUAUACAAUAAUCUGCGAAUGUAUGCACUUGUCAUUGGUCAGAUAUCUGUGUGGUUGUUGUUUUCUUGUUGGUUGAUCUACCGUGAUUUUGUAUGUUCGUUGUUCAAAACCAGAGUAAAUACUUGUAAGUUGCCCAUGAAUUUUGGCUCUCGUUGAUUUACAAUCACCUGGUUAUCUUGUUACUUGGAUGCUCGUACUCAUUUGGCUUAAAUUUGUACCUUUGUAACAUUUUUCUACCUGCCCAUAAGCAGGCCAUCUAAGUUGACCAUAUAAUAUCUCUGCGGUGCCUACAGCACUUGCGCGUGAAGCAUUUCUCAUGUUCAUGAUAUCGGCAAUCUAGG